AUGACAGGCUACCAGCCCAACCAUCCCCCCGAAACCCUCGGCCCCUUCCACCCCCCAAAACCCCCGCAUUCCUCCACUCCCCCCGAACAACACCCACAACCACCUGCCCCCCCCAGCGCCGUAGUCCUCGUCUCCGGCGCCGGCGGCGGCGUCUCGGGUCCAGCAGGAAUCUACCCAUCCCUCGCCGACAAAAUCGCCCUCCUUUUGUCAAUUCCCUGUCUGCGACUGGACUACCGCGAACCCGCGCGCACAGAGUACUGCGUCGCAGACAUGCAAGCUGCCUUCGACUAUCUCCGCGACCACUUCGGUGCAACACACUUCGUCAUCGUCGGCUGGUCAUUCGGCGGAAGUCCCUGUUUCACGGUUGCCGCGCGCGAACCUGUUCGGGUAGCUGGUGUCGCGACGAUCGCUUCGCAGACUGCGAAGACGGAUGGUGUUAGGGCGCUUAGUCCGCGGCCGAUGCUUUUGUUGCAUGGGGAGGAGGAUAGGGUCCCUGCGCCGUCUUGUUCGAAGUCGCUGUUUAAUAGUUAUGGGGAUGAUGGGGAUCGAGAGAUGAAGCUUUUCCCCGGGGAUGAUCAUGGGUUGACGAGGCAUGCUGUGCAGGUUGAGGGGAAGCUUUUGGGUUUGUGGUUAAGUGUUUGGGGUUGA